UUACCAUUUCUUUGGGAAAAGGAAGGCAAAAAAGGAAAGCUCUCAGCCAAACCCAAAACCCAUAAGCCCUUUGCCGCAUUUUCCCUGCCCAACUGAAGUGAAACCAUGAAUUUCUUCAAACCCAAACAAGCUGCAGCUCCUCAUCCGCCACCGCCGCACCACAUCCUUCACCAAGCCUUCUCUUCCCUUCAAACCCAUAUCUCCAAUUUCCUCGAAAACCUUCCCACUCCCCCUCCUAUUAAAUCCCCUCCUUGGGCCAGAAUUUCGAAUCACAGUAAUGGUGUAAACAGCACAGGCUUCUUUUUUCCUAAUAGUAAUAAGAAUUCAAGCGGUACCACAAGCAGUAAAAAUUAUGCUAUGACUGCAGAUGCCAUCGAGGAGAGGCUGGCUGGAGUGCCAGUAUAUGCACUGAGCAACGGUUCGCAGGAAUUCGUGUUAGUCUCGGGUGUAAAUACGGGGAAAAAUCUUGGACUGUUUUGCUUCAGUGAAUCUGAUGCUGAAACUCUUCUUAACCAGAUGAAGUCCAUGGAUUCCUCCAUGCGCACUGGCUCGCAAGUGGUUGCUGUCGCCCUUAGCAAGAUUUUUCAGCUCAAAGUCGAUGGAGUGGCUUUACGCUUGAUUCCGGAGGCUUCUCAGAUACAAAAUGCAGUAAUGGAGAGGAAGAAAGCUGGUGUUCUUGAUGAGAGCUUUUCUGGGGUUCCAGUUUUCCAGUCUAAGAGCUUGAUUCUGAGGAGCCAAAACAAGAGAUACCGUCCAGUAUUUUUCAGAAAGGAGGACCUAGAAAAAUCCCUUUUAAGAGCUUCACGUCAACAGCACAGGCUGAAUCCUUCUUUAAGGGAAGGGGAUAUUCAGGUUGCUGUCCUUGAGGACAUAAUACGAGGGAUGAAGGAUAAUUCGUCAUCGACUUGGGAUGAUGUUGUUUUCGUCCCUCCUGGUUUUGAUGUCUCAACUGACACAUCUAAGCAAUAAGAAGCAACUGGUUUUGAAGUAUAAGAUUCCUGUUUUAUCCCUUCUCUAUUGUAUGGUUCAAGCAGUGUAGUUAUCACUGGAUUAGAGAAUGCAGUUUGUAGAUCAACGUAAAAGUAUCACGCAAGCAAUCUAUUGAGUGGAACGCAAUAAGCAGUUGACAAAUGCGACAUAUUACAGAAGUUUUCCAGUAUAUUGUGUCCUUUUUAUCGGUCGAACUCAAAUAUGUUGUGUAAUAGAGGAAUUAUUUACGAUUUCUUGUGAAGCAAUGAAUGCAGCAGAUUGUUAUUCCACCCAUUUUAAGUAUACACAUGACAGAACCUUACAUUUGGUGAGGUUAAGCUUCCUUUUGGCAAAAUUUAUGUAUUACAUAUAAAUGGUUAAA